GCUUCCCAAAGACGCGUCCGAUAAGAAAAAGAAGAGAGCCAAGAAGAGCAUUGAGACUUACAAGAUCUACAUCUUCAAAGUUCUCAAGCAAGUUCAUCUUGAUACUGGAAUCUCCAGCAAAGCCAGGGGAAUUAUGACCAGUUUCAUCAGCGAUAUUUUCGAGAAACUUGCUCAGGAAUCCUCUAAGCUCGCUCGCUACAACAAGAAGCCGACUAUCACCUCUCGAGGGAUCCAAAUGGCAGUGCGUCUUGUUCUUCCCGCUGUCAGCAAAGAAAAAGAGCAACUGAAGUCAAGAGGAAGUGCCGUAACUACUCAAAUUCAGAAGCUAGGAGAAUUCUAUCCUACUGAAGCUGAACAUGACGUUAAUAUCAUUUAUUAAUGUAAUCCUUUGAAGCAUUUAUUUGCAGAAAUUUCAGCUUAUAAGAUAUCCUGCUUCUUGACAUGCAACUCACCUAGAAACGAUACAAGUUAGAUUGGAUGAUUAUAAAAGUUUAGAAUCACCAUUAUAAAGAGUUGUGGAUUAGGUGUUGAUGGUUGUUUGUUUUCAUGUUCAAUGAUUAAACAUGAAAACAAACAACCAUGUGAGGUGUGUAUUUGAAACUUCCUUCAUUCUACAUCUAUUAGUUUUCCUCUUUUCUUA